AUGCUCUGGUCAAUUGGCGGAGACUUCGGUCGGCUCAUUAUAAAGGCAGCCAAGAAUGCGGCACUGCUUCAUUUCAAAAUGUAUCUCCUGGAGACAGUCGGCAAUUAUCUUUCUAUGCAAACUCAAGAGGCCAAUCUUUUCACAGAGAAAGAUUGGAGGACUUGGCUGGGUGUAGAAUUUGCCAUUUUUCUAAACUACUACAGCUACCGCAGCUACCAGGAAAGGAAGAAAUUGGAUGAGUCCAAACCGCAUGAUGACACAAUUCAAAAUCCACUGGAAGAAUUUGAAUACACAUCUCUACCAGCUGGGGAGGAUACUAUUCGGUUACUUCUCAUCUAUCCAAGACCUCCAGAAGCUCCACUUAAAUGUGCGCUCUUUCAAAGGAAACUAUUAUCUCCACUGUGUUACGAGGCCAUAUCAUACUGCUGGGGGAGCUCAAAGGAAAAAUCUGAAAUGAUAGUGAACGGCAGAAGUCUCAAGGUUCCCUCCAAUGCAUUGGAGGUCCUGAAGAAUCGAAGUUCGUUCUGGGAGCCAAAAUUAGUCUGGAUGGACUCUGUCUGCAUUAACCAAAGCGACAAUGACGAAGCCAGGGCUGAAAAGGGCCGUCAAAUUGCCCUCAUGAAAACAAUUUAUGGAAAAGCAUCAACAGUGUCUGUUGAACUUUUAGGAACUCCGAAUGAAGACGUCAUCGUGGCCGCACUGUCUCAUGCUGCGAAUGAAUUCAAAAUCUUGAAAGAUCGAAUUAACUGGACAUGGACAACAGACAGAAACUUACAGGAAUACAAGAAAGCUCUUUUCAAAAAGAUUAUGGCAACAAUUGCCGUGGACGUCUUGGAGGAGCUUCACCUACCUUAUUACAGCGGAGAGGACUCGCUGCCCGAACUGUACAAGAAAUUUGCUCCGCAGCGCCUUUCAUGGCGUUUCGAAAUCUUUCGUCAAUUUCUAUCAAACCCAUGGUUCGAACGCAUGUGGGUCGUCCAAGAAGCCGCACUCGCUCGCUCGAUUCGAGUUCGGUACGAAGGAAUUGACAUUCAGUGGGGGCAUCUUCUUACCCUCUUCGAAUUACUACACACCAAGCAUUCAACUCUUGGCGGUCUUCUUAUGGACGGGCUCAUCAUCAGUCCGGAGGGGAAAGUUAGCACAAAUUCUCCCCGGCCCAUUGCAUCCGCCACUUUUGAGUCAAUGGCAGAGAUCCGGAGAAAGGUGCAAAGUGGCGAAGAGCGUCCGCUCGCAGAGAUGCUCAUGCAUUGUCGCCGGUUCAAGGCUACGUACGACAAAGACAAGAUCUUCGCGAUUCACAGCAUUUGCUCUCGACUACCAGAACAUCUACUCAGUCCUGAUUACAGUGAAGCUACGACUGACGAAAUGGUAUUCAUCAAUGUAGCUGAGUGCCUAGUUGAUGAGGGCCAUGUGGCUAGGAUGCUGGCGGUGGCUGGAACCCCAUAUACUCCAGAUAACGGCCUAGAGAGCUCAGGCUCUAAUGCCGACACUUCAAAAUUUGGUUCAGAAGACUCAGACUCCAGCUCAAAACUUUCAGAAUCCAAUAAAACUGGUUUAAAACCUGGGCCAAGUGAUUCAAAGGCCAAGAAAGAUAUGGAACUUCCAUCUUGGGUUCCUGACUGGACAAGGGUGCCUGCAGCUCAGCAACUAUCAUUUGUUCAUGAAUCUCUCAAUUUCCGAGCUGGUGGAUUGCGACAAAUGAAAGCCAAAGUUCAUAUGGAAACAUUACAGCUUAACGACGGCUAUGCAUUUGACACGAUUGCAGAACUUUGUGGUGUUUGGGAAUACACAACAGUAUUGGAUCAAGUGUGGGAACAGUCAGCAAUCGACAAAUGCAUGGACGCAGUGUCGUCUUCCAUUGAUAAGCUGCUUGAAUCUCCACGGGCAAAGUAUCAAUACCCGGACAGAAUAGGAAACAAUUCGUUGCGUGCAGCUCUUUGGAGAACGGCGGUUGGGAACCGGGUCUUUACUGCCAACGGCAGUCCUGCCCCGUCUCAUCUUUCCGACGGAUUCGAUCAAUUGAGGGCAUUUUUGAAGCGCUUGGAAGAGAGACCGUCAGAUAUGAUGAUGCCCGAAGAAGAAGAGACCAUGUAUAUGUCUUCCAUGAUGGUGCUCUUGCGUGGGGCGCUCAAGUGUUGGGGAGGGAGGAGGUUGUGCAUCACCAAUCAGGGUUUUGUUGGAGCAGUUCCUCCAUCGUCGGAACUAGGAGAUGAUAUUGUGGUUUUUGCUGGAAUGCAAACUCCUUCCGUGCUCCGACGCGCUGGUUCGAAGCAGCAUCGAUAUAUUGGUGAGUGUUACGUACAUGGGAUUAUGAAUGGUGAGAUGUUGGGUGCGGAGGGCUGCGGAGGACAUUUUGAGAUAGUUUAG